AUGUUACUGUCCAUUAACCCCUUCAAGCCCCUUAACAUUUACACAGAGGAGCUGAGACAGAAAUACCAGGGCAAAGAGCAGCAGAGAAACCCACCCCAUUUGUACGCCAUAGCUGACUCUGCCUUCAGCCUUUCUCAGGCCUCCACACAGGAACAGUGCAUCAUCAUAAGUGGCCAGAGUGGUUCAGGGAAGACCGAAGCUACCAAGCUGAUAGUUCACUACCUUAGCUCCAUGUAUCAGGGCAGAAACGACAACCUCCGACAGCCCAUGGAGGUUUUUCCCAUCUUAGAGAGUUUUGGGAAUGCUAAGACCAUCCUUAACAACAACUCCAGCCGCUUUGGCAAGUACCUCCACAUCCACAUUCUCCAUGGAGUUGUUGUAGGGACCUCGUUGUCCAAAUAUCUGCUUGAGAAGUCCAGGGUUGUCUUUCAGGCCAAUGAGGAGAGGAACUACCAUGUGUUCUAUGAGCUGCUGGCAGGUAUGAACGACUGGGCCAAGCAGGAGCUCUACCUGCAGGGAGCUGAGACCUAUUACUACCUAAACCAAGGCGGUGCCUGUGAGUUAAGGGGGAAGCAGGACAAACAGGAUUUCCAGCUUUUAGUUCAGUGCUUUGAGACUAUCGGUCUCCAUGCUGAUCAGAUCUCCACCAUCUGGGCCAUCCUCUCCUCGAUCCUGCAGCUCGGCAACAUCUGCUUCAGCUCAUACGAGAGUGAGUCCUUUGAGGUGGCUCGUAUCUUCAGUGAAGCUGAGGCCAGGAGGGUUGGAACCUUGUUGCAAAUUUCCUCCGAGGCAUUGCAGACUGUCAUCACUCACAGAGUCACAGAGACCACCUAUGACAGGAUCUACUGCCCCCUGUCUGUGGAAAGUGCCAUAGAAUCAAGGGAUGCCAUUGCCAAAGCGUUGUACUCGGUGCUGUUUGACUGGUUGUUGGAACAGAUCAAUGACUGGCUGAGCCCCACAGAGAUGGACAGCACCGUGGGCGUAGUCGACAUCUAUGGGUUUGAGGAUCUGGGAGUGAACAGCUUUGAGCAGCUGUGUAUCAACUUUGCCAAUGAGCAGCUGCAGCAUUUUGUCAACAAGGCAGUGAUCUCUCAGGAGCAGGAGGAGUACAGCGUAGAACACAUUCAGUGGUAUCCACUGGCACUCAAGAACUUCCACUGCUGUCUGGAGCUGAUCUCCUCUAGGCCACAUGGCAUCCUCCGCAUACUGGAUGAUCAGACCUGCCUCCCACAGGCCACUGACCACACCUUCCUCCAGAAGUGCCACUACCACCAUGGAAACAGCCCUUACUAUGCCAAGCCCAAGAAUCCACUGCCAGUCUUCACUAUUUAUCACUAUGCUGGAGCUGUCACCUAUCAGGUCCAUAAUUUCUUGAACAAGAACCACGACCAGUUCAGGACAGAAGUGGUGGAGCUCUUUGCCAGGAGUCGAAUUAAGCUGCAGGCUGCAGAACAAAGAUAG